AACCUCUCCUCUUUCAGUGCGCUUACCACCAUCUGGCAUCUUUUUGAAAAUUUGAGCCUAAACUCCAGCAAGAUGCGCCCCUCAACACCGGAAGAACUACGAAGCCUCGUUUUGGACUACUUGACACACAGCGGCUACAUUCGUUCCGCCCAGACUUUCCUCUCUGAUAGUUCAGUCCGGCAUAUCGAUCUGGAUGGAAACGAGGUGUUAGAUAGUAAGCGUGAACUGGGGGAGUACUCCGAACUCUCGGAAACGACUGUAAAACAAGUCCACCUGCGCAACCAGAUACGUCAUGAAAUACUUUGUGGGCGAGUCAACGAAGCCGUCAAUAUCAUCAACGAAUGCUUUCCUUUGCUCCUGUCGAUGGAGGAGGGCAUGAACCAAGAGAACGAGACGAUGCAAUCCUCUUCAAAGACGGAAUACUUAUCACCAACAUCUGUUAAUCCUGCACAUCUUCUGUUAAAUGUCCGGAUACAGGCCUUUGUGGAGGCCUGCCGAACCGUUCCUCUCGAAUACCCUCCCAAGAAUGAACGGGAGAAGUCGACACCGUCUAGCGAGGGAAAACAUACCGAGGAUCCAGAAAUUAUCGACCAGCAAACAGCAUUGCUCAAAAGUGCGCAGAAACUGUAUGCCCUCGCCAAUAUGCUUCCUUCAAAGAAGGAAAACGAGAGAUAUAUGAAGGAACUCAAGAAUGUCGUUGGCCUUAUAGCUUAUCGUGUUCCGGAGACGAGCCCUGUUGCGGAAUAUCUUUCGCAAGAGCACAGAGAUGCAUUGGCUGAACAGGUCGACAGAGCAAUUCUAUGUCGUCUGGGACUUCCAGUCAUACCCCGACUCGAGCUGCUGAUGCGGGAAAACUGUACUAUCUGGGACUUCCUGCACGAGUUGAAAACCCCGUUGAAAGCAGGAGCGCAUUUGUUCCCUGCUGAAUACAUUCGGCCGACGGCGUCGAAGGGCGAGGACAGUCCGACCUGCCCGCCACUGAGUAUACCAAACUUCCUAGACUCUUGAUUUAUUUCGCCAUUCGAUUUCACUCCAUAGCUAACUGUAGAAGUUUUACAAAGGACGCUCUGAUGUAUAAAACCAUCCCCACUCAUUGUAUUAACUCCACAUCGUCCCAUCUACCUCUGUUAACACUUACUAUUGUUUCUUCUGGCAUGAAACAUUCUCUGAUUCCCAAUACCUGUAAAUGUCUCCAUCUUGCCCAAUCCAACCUUUCCAAGCUCUUCAGCAUUUCAUCUGACGGAGGACACAACCACGUAUUAUACGAUAAAUCAAGGACCUCUAAUAAAGGACAAACCAGAGGCAGCCUAUGGAGCGGUAUGGGAGUCGGUAAUUUGAUGAGAGCCAUAUGAGUGAUGGUGGGAGGAAGAGUCAACAAGGUGGAGGUGGCGAGCUUUGUCAACACCAGAGCGAAGAGCCGUAAUGGAUUCGGUACAGGAUCAUCGGAGUCCCAGUCAUGCUGCGGGAAGGAUCGUAGACCAGGAGUAACAUGAAGAAAAUGCUCUUCGGAAAGGGACGCGUUGGGUCCAACGACGAUCAACUCGCCCUCAACAUGCCCUUCUGCCCCGAUCAUGGAGGACAACCGAGCGUUGCAUAACGGAUUGAAUAUCGCAGAAUACCUGAGAAGUUCCACGCGCAAAUGGGGAGGGAUGCAAGGAACAACUUCAUCGACGAACUCAGGUGUAGUCGUGUAAGAGAGUACUUGGCUGAGGCAAAUGAGAGUCAGGGGUAAUACAAGUUCUGAUAAUGGCUUCCAGCCUCGGAAAAUGAGAGACAGCGCCCUCCUCCGCCAGAUUAGUCCUGAACCAACAUCUUCGGAGGCGCGUGUUGAGGACCAACUCUUUGGAGGUGCUGGACCUGAGUACUUACUAAAGGUCGUGGAUGUCGAUGAGUCUGCUUUCUCAGCAAUCUUGAACGUUCCUGUAGUUGGGUCUAAAUCGAGGGACAAGCUAAUGACCUCUAAAGGGAGCGAUGGGGAGUUGCGAGCGAAAGUAGUAGACGAGGACACAUGGGUUCGGGACUUGCGCUUGUUCUGGCUUUGCCUAAACUGUUCACCUCUAGAACGACAAACCUCAGCGUUGACCGAGCCAUAGCAGAACUAACCUCAAGUUACGAAGCAUAUCAUUUACCUCCCUCGACCUCGCCAUCGUCGCA